AUGGAGAGAGAACCUCCCAAGUGCGACAGCUUCCCGGAAGGGCCGACUCCCCAGCAGGAUAGAACAAGUACCAACAACGCUGUCCGUAACGUAGAGGAGCUAACCGGGAAGAAGCCCCUAAUAAUGCUGGAACAGGAGAAGGAAAACAAAGCUCUCACUAACUAUGACAGCAAAAUGGAAAAAUACGCGAAUGGAAAGAACGUAUUUGGACAAAAUAGGGAAGAAGCGAUUGACGUUGAAAUUGAAGAAACAGCGACGUUAAAAGUGGAGAAUCACUGCAAUGAUGUAGCAGGAAAGGUGAUGAAUGGUAGCGACAUACACAUUAACAGCGGAAGAAGGAAUCAGAAUGAUUACGACACCCUAUGUAAUAGGUAUAGAUCUAUGUACGAGGUCAGAACUCAUAAUAAUAGUAACGGAGUAGUGUAUCCUCGACAAGUGUCUGCCCCGUGCUUUAUCUCGAAUGACUCUCAACAGCUGAUUGGUACGAAUGGAAAUACAAGUGGGCUAAGCUUUAAUGGGAACUUAAGUUUUUCAAGGCAUUUUUUGAAUUGGGAACAUGCAAAUGCUAACCUUUGUAGAAGCUACACAAACUGGGAAGAAAGGAUGAACCGAAUUUGGCAUCCCCAUGAUAUGUUAAGGUGGAGGAACCCUGUUUUGGAAGGCGCUUUCACAAACUGUGGUUAUCUAAUCAAUGGGGGCGGAAGAAUCAGAUAUGGGAACCGUACUAUUUUGCGCGAAUUGGAUCCACCGAGGGUGGAAGCAGUUGGAGAAGUUGCUGCACUUGGUGGAGGUGGUCUAUAUGGUAUUCUUCAUGCAGACCAUGCUGGUGGUGAGAGAAACGCCAUGCACUCUUAUUUUCUUUUCCAGAAUUUCAUCAGGGUAAUGAGGGCGCGCCAAGAUCCUUUUGCGCAAAUGGGGGGACAACAAAGAAGCGAGUGGGGCAAUAUCCAGGCAAGGAGAGCUCAUCCCUACUGUGUUCAUACGGCACAUCGACUUUGUACAAAUCAUCCCCUCUUGGAGGAUAAUUUAAACCUACACAGGAGAGGAUUCAUGGCUAACCAUGUAGCUGAUAUGGACCACGCUCUUAUUGGACCAAUGCACCGACAAAUCAGACAGAGGACAUGCUUGCAUUGUUGCCGAGAGAGACUACUUAACAGAGAUGCUAACGUAGGGGGGGUUCAUAUGAACCAGGCACACCUGCGUCAUCAAAAUUUGAUGAGGUCGGAUUGUCAGAAUAAGAAAUGGACCUACCUGAGGGUAACUCCACAUUUGCUGAAUCUGGACAAUCCAAACAUCUGUACACAUGCAGUGAACACGGAUCACAUGUUUGUUUGUCCAUGUAGAAACAGGCUACGAAAUUUAACAAUGAAUAGGACGUCGAAUAUCCCACCACAUGUUGACGAUGCCAUCGUUUCGGAACUAUCCAGAAGGUGUUACGAGAGAAGCACUUUGCCAUUAAGAGAGGGGCCUAACAUAAACAGGGAAGUAGAAGUGGGAAACCACGUGAAUGCUCACCCCCUUCCGGGUUCUCUCCACGUAGCAAACCAGGACGGCGAUGAGAACCAUUCUGGAAGGGAAAUGCAAAGAGGCACUGGCAGUGGAGAAGGCCCGUGUGGGAGAAAGGAAUGUGUUUCGUGUUGGUCGCUCCCGCCCAUGUCCAGCGGACAGGUAAUGUCCCCCUGCGCAGGGAGCGAUGAGACGGAAGAGGACGGAGAUAGUAGCGGCGUAUACUGCGAGGGGAGCGACGACCAGACUGAGGAUAGCGACCAGAAUGAGGAUAGCAAUCAGAGUGAGGAUAGCCAACAGAGUGAGGAUAGCCAACAGAGUGAGGAUAGCAAACAGAGUGAGGAUAGCCAACAGAGUGAGGAUAGCAAACAGAGUGAGGAUAGCAAGCAGAAUGAGGAUAACAAGCAGAGUGAGAUGAAGCAGAUCGUAAAGAAUGGGCGAGAGAGGGGGCACCCCACCCAGGAGGCUUUCCACAAACACAGCAAAGAGAAGACCAACACGGAGGAGCGCAUCUUCGUGAAGAAAGAAACGGGGAGCCUAUUAAAAGAGGAGAACAAAUUUUACCAGAACGAGGGACUGUUCAGAAAUUUUGUCUUCUCGUUUAACAACCCGCCCCAGGGGGGAGCGAGAGAAGAAAGAAGCGAAAUGGGUGAGAAACUCAAUAAGGGUGCGACGCUUGAAAAGAGCCCAACGAAGUACAAGACGCUGAAAAAGGAGAAGAAUGCCCUGCCAAACAGCGAAAGGAGAUACGAAAAAUUCGAGGAGAUAUAUUUUUCGGAAGACCAGAUAUCGAGUGAAUUUCAGUGGAUAGAAGUGGACGGAACUAUUACUUCUCACGCGCAAGAUUUCUUCUUUUUCGAUGCCGAAGACGAGCAGAUGGUUUCUCUAGAUGUACUCGACCACUACACGGUGAAUAUCAGCAGAAGCGGGAGCAGCGACGACAGAAGUGGGAACAGAAGUAGGGAUAGACGCUACGACCUCCCUCGAGACGGAAGGAACCGAAUGCACCAAAGGGGAGGCUACAACGGAUAUGGCACCACCCUCGUCUCCAAGCAGCAGAUGAGGCCAACCCCGGAACCGGAGUAUAAGACAUGCACAAAUGGGACAAACAACAGAAUGGAGAGAAACAAAUGGAGUACUGACAGGAGGUAUGCACCAAAUGGAAGCCACCCAAGUAGUGCACACAUACGCGAAAGCGUGGAUAACGUGGAGCAGGUGGCCAAUGGAGAGAGGUCUCACCAUGCAGCUCUACCAAAGGACAGAAUCCAAGGAAAGAAAAACAAAUCUGUAAUCAUGUAUGCGAAAAUUAUGAAUAUAAGUUUUGAGUAUGGUGCGGAUGUCCUGAAGCAGUUCAGCCACCCCGCGGUGAAUCUGUUUAAUACGAACAAGACGCACAUCGUGAAGAAGAAGGAAAAGAAGAGCAAGGAACUAUACGCAUACUUGGAUGGAGAGGACGGGUUCGGCGAGGCUCCUGAGGUUGGACAUGCGGCGGGACAUGCGACGAGACAUGCGGAGAGACAUACGGUGCAGAAAGAAGUGACGGAGCAGAUGGUAGAAAAAAUGGCGCAACAGAUGGAAGAAGAAUUGGAACACCCCGGGAAAGGAACAAAACGCAAGUACGGAAUGAAACAGGAAGAUCCAGAGAAAAGGAGAAAAAAAUUUAUUAGCCACAAGAUUAAGAGACACCUGCUCUGCAUGAAGGCGAGGAUCGUAAUAAAGGAAUGGUACAUUGAUUAUGGAAUGUCUCCCAGUAGCACCCCUUACCUCUACGUAGUAUCAGAAAAUGACAAUCGUUACAAACUGGAUAGAGUGCAUCCUAAAUAUGAUUCCACCUUCACGAAAAUGAGACUGAAGUUUGAAGUGACUACUAGGAUAGUGAAAUCUCUGCAGGCCUAUCCAAGGAUGACAUAUAAGGAACUGGUGGGCCACUUAACACUGUACGAGUGUAUUAGUAGAAGAAUGAGGAAGGCAAGGAUGGAGGGGUUACUGGAAAACGGAGAGGUGUCGUCACCCAUGUGGGAGCAGCGGAACGGGAAGAAGCAGGAGAAGAUGCAAACGAAGCAGACGGAGAAAAAGCUGACUGAAGAAAUAUGUACAUCGGAGAGUAGCGAAGAAGACGAUUCUCCAUCAUGGAGAAUACACCCAAAUGAUUGCUACCCUCUGUCGGAUGAGGAGCUUUCCAAAGGGGAAGAACCUCGCCAAGACGAAAAAAAUGCAAAAAAGAGAGAAAAAAAAAAGGAAGAACAACCCCCCAUCACAAGUAUAAGCUUGUCCCAAUAUAGCGGCACAGGUGUGCACACCAUGCCAGAUGGAACAAUCAGCAAGAAAUGCACAUGGGGGGCACCAUACGCUGUGUACAAGUGCAACAGAAAGGUCAUUACGACAUUGUACAGAUUUAUUAAAAGCGAAAUGAAAAUAUUAGCUCAUUGUUUCGAGAUGAGGUCUCUGCUGUCCACUCCUUUCAUGAAGACCCUGGCACACAAGUUUAAAUCGCAGAAUAGGAAGAAACGACAUAUGGAGAGGUUAAGAGGAGUCUCCUCUUUUUCUAUGAACGAGGAGCUAUGCUCGCACGUUCUUCUACACUGCCCCGAGAAUGGACAAAACGAAAGCUCUCUGACCAAGAGGACUCGCUUUUACCUUAUUAGAAGCUUCGUUGAGAGCCAAAAGGGGAACGUAGACAAGUAUGAGCUUUCAUGUGCAUGCACGGAUCAAGAAAACACAGAAGAGAAGGAGGAGUGGGAUAGCCAACAUCAGCUUCUGGGAAACCCCAAAAUGGACUCGCCCAACGUAUGUCCACACGGAGGCAGAGACACAGAAAGGCCAUCCCUCGAAAGGGCAGAAAGAGACACGUUACGAAGUCACAACCAGGGGAGCGAAACGGCCGAUGGGGAAAACCACAAAGCGGAGAGUGAAUGA